GGCGCGGCGGCCGCGAGCAGAAAAGCGAAUCGGUCGCCAAGCGGCCAGCCAGCCGACCGAGAUGGAUGCUGAUUUAGAAAUGGAGGGGUGCGGGCUUUUAAUUGUCACGCGCUGGAAUGUCUGCGCUAAGAAUAGCAUGCAGCUCUCGACGCACAAUUCUGGUCCGCUCUUUCUUUCUGUCCACUUGGCCAGCGUUGUUUGUAUUUUAUUUUGAAUCGGCCCCGGCUGACGAGCGGCAAAAUAGACCUGGAGCCGCCGAUGGAGCCGCACUAGAAUAGGCGCUCGCUUCCAAAAGGACACUCACGCCAAACCCGGCCAGCCCCUGCUAUUCUCUCCGCGAGCUGUGUGUCCGGCCGUCCGUCUGUCUCCGGCCGCGUCCGACUUUUAAUAUCAGUGCGUUCGCCGUGACAUCCUUUUUGUCUUGCUCGCUCGCACACCUCCUGGCCAUUCCAACACGAGCAACUGCGCUUGCGAAAACCCAAAACGAGGAUUGCGUUUAAACUAAUUUUUUCUGCAGGAAAAUAAUCAGGCAGCAUGGGGUCGGAACAGCAGUUCUGUCUUCGCUGGAACAAUUUCCAGAACAGCCUUCUUGCCUCGUUGCCACAACUGCUGGACACGAACGACCUGACCGACGUGACCUUGUGUGCCGGAGGCAAAAGCAUCCGUGCGCACCGAGUCGUUCUUUCCGCGUGCAGUCAGUACUUCAAGCAGCUCUUCAGGGAGAUGCAGCCUUUUUACCAUCCGGUAAUCGUGCUGCCGCAGACCAGCUACUCGGACGUAUGCGCGCUGGUCAGCUUCAUGUACAGUGGAGAGGUCAACAUCUACCAGGAACAACUCCCAAGUCUGCUUGCGGCUGCUGCUGCCCUGCACAUUAGAGGACUUGCCGAAGUGCCCCAUGCCCAUGCCCACGGCAAGGGUUGCGAUAAACCGGAAAUGGAGCUGCACUCGCCGAAGAGGCCGCGACUGGACAAACUGGACCUCACCCCGCCAGAGCAGUCGCCCCUCAGCAACCCGCUCAACACCAGCACCCCCCUCCGACCCGCACUUGAUCUGCUUUUUCCAUCGCAGAGUCCAGAAAGAUACGCAACUAAAACGGAGCCCUCUGAGCCGUCUUCUACCGAACCGCUUCUGGAUACGAACUGCUCUCAUGACGAACCCCUGGCACUCAGCACGGACAACAACAAUCACGGACCUCUGACUUCUGACGAAUCUCCUGGCAGCGACAUGGAUCUUCAAGAGCGACUUCUACAGGCCGUCCAGCAAGGCCUGAGUCCCACUUUGCCGCUCAACUUCCUGCAAAGUGGGCCUCUCUUCUCGCCGUUCAACACGAUGUCUCGCAACAAACUAUUCGCCACAUGCCACAUUUGUGGCAAAUCGUUGUCCAACCAGUACAACCUUCGGGUCCACCUGGAGACGCAUCAGAACCUAAACUACUCCUGCAGCCUCUGUUCACAUGUGUCAAGGUCAAGGGACGCUUUGAGGAAGCACAUUGCGUACAAACACACCGAGGGCAAAUAUUCGACGCGGAUCAAAACAACCUCCAGUUCGUUGUCUUCAAGUCCCGAGGAGGAAAAAGUGGUGGUUGCAAACGCAGCCACCUAGCUUCUCGCUGAAUUCCUAUCCCCGAGUGCAGAUUCCCCCCUUAACCGCCCCUAGCAAAAGAAUAUGAAUCAGCAGAUUAUCACACCUCAGGUGCCUUGCUAGGAGUUUUGCUGAAGAGUUUAAUUUUUCGGUCGAGACACUUUUUUAAAUGCCAAGUCUCGUUUUACAACAUAUAUAUGAAUUUAGAAUGUGAGCCAAUUGUGGAUUGAGUUACCAAGUUUACUUUAUGUGGCCGUCGGCCGCUCGUCCGGUACCACGGACGGAGGCCACCGCCAUUACCUAAGUUACCAUUUUUAUGUGAGAAAAACAGCAAUCGAAAGUUACCAUUUUCGAAGAUCGAUGUACAUAUAUAUUUAUACGCGCAAGACACGACGUCUUGCUGUCAGAUCUAGUUUAAUUAAUUUAUUAUUUUAUUUAUUUGGAAUGUUGAAGCAUUCAGUAUGGUGUGCCAAUUUUUACCAGUAGUGAUUUUCCUCUUUUUGCUAGUUUUUCGAGUGCCAUUCGUCGAAAGGAUAUAAUACGAGUAUUUUGUGCUGAACAGAGAUUAUUUGACCUCCAAAGCUUUCAUAUCAAAUAUGAAGAAUUCUAUAUAUCACUCCGUAGGGUACUUAACAAAGAUGAAUUAUUUAAAAGAAAAAAAAUAUUAAGAAGAUGGGAUUUAAAAAGUAUAAAACUAUUUAUAUAGAUAGAAGAAAGAAUUUAAAACUGCUUAACUGGGAAAGGCGAGGCACAAAAUGCUGUGGAAUAUGCGUGAUAACUUUGUAAAAAUUUAUAAAAGACAUUUUAUUUUUCAAAAGAGACGCCCAGGCGCGCUCUCGCAAGAGACGAUAUGAGCUGUAUAGUAAAAAGAGAGAAAUGCUUUAAAGCAUGUUUUACCUAGGGAUUGAAUAAGAAUGUACAUUUUACCCUGCGAGGUUUGAAUGCGAUUUUUCAAGUUACCAAAAUGACGCACGAAAGUAGUUACCAAAACUCUUGAUCUAGUUCUUAAGGAUGGAAAACAACUAGUGUGUAGUGAUUUUUUCGCACAUAAGUCUUUUUUCAAAUGUGUUUUUGCUCUCGAGUACCCUUAUUUUACCAUUCCAUUUCAUAAUUUUUCGUUGAUUAAUUAAUUUAUUUCGCAACGAGUGUGCUUGUUGAGUGUUUUUGCCGACUUUCGCACAAACACUUCUUUAUAUGGUUUUGCGCUGCGGAUGAGUAUCGAUCGAUAUCAAUUGUAAUAAUAAUAAUGAUGCGUACAAGCAUGUUAGUAUUUUUAGAACCCUACUCACGAUCACUUGCUCAAAAUAGGAAAGACAUCAUCCGCGCGGAAGCACAUUUUAACCCUUUUGAGUUGUCUCUCGAUCAAUAUGUCCCAUUCAUAUAUGCAAUUUUAAAAGGAGUAAAAUAUGUACCACUGAGAAAAUUCCUAUUUUUGCACUUUUGUGUUGCCCGCCGCGAUCCAUUGACGAGAUAAUUAAUCGAAAGAAAUACACUCAGUACCUAACUGUGAUAAGACGAAUCUAAUAAAUGACACACUCACUCACUCUCACACGCAAAAUGUUUGCAAAAAUCAAUUGACUAUAACGGAAAAAGUGUAAACAAAAAUAAACGAAAAGCCCUGUGCCUACGUAGCUCAAUUUUGCCCCUCGCGCACUUCACACCUAUUAAAAAAAAAUGCACGCAGUCAUCAAAUAGUACUAUUUUACGAGAAAGAAAAAGUGUAUUUGGCAAAAUUUUGUGAACUUUUCCAAAAACGACCCAUUGGAUUGAAGAGAAACCUUUUCUGAUUUUGUUGACCUAAUCGAUUUUUAUUCAUUGUAAUUGGUAUAUACUUAAUUAUUAUUCUUUGACUGUGUUUUCUUAGCUGAUAGUUACCGACCUUUUUUGUGAGUUUUCUCGUAUAACGUUCUUUUCCCUUUUUAUCUCGAUGUAAGGAUUUUAUUUUACAAUAAAAAUGCCUCAAGUGAA